AUGUCGCCUGCAGCUCAAGAAACCGCUACUCAAGGUUUACCACCUGUCGGAGAGAUGACUUCGAGGGAUUACUACGCUGAUAGUUAUGCUCACUUCGGUAUCCACGAGGAAAUGUUAAAAGAUCAAGUCCGAACUCUGUCCUACCGAAAUGCCAUAAUGCAGAACCCUCAUUUAUUCAAAGGUAAAACCGUACUUGAUGUCGGUUGCGGAACAGGUAUUCUAUCGAUGUUCGCUUCCAAGGCAGGAGCCAAGUUGGUCAUUGGUAUUGAUAUGUCAAACAUCCUCGAUCAGGCUGAGAAGAUCGUCAGAGCCAAUGGAUUCACUCAGGAUCAAAUCGUCUUAUUGAAAGGUAAAUUAGAAGAUGUAGAAUUACCCGUCAAACAAGUAGACAUAAUCAUCUCAGAGUGGAUGGGUUACUUCCUACUCUACGAGUCAAUGCUUGAUACCGUCCUUUUGGCUCGAGACAAGUACUUAGCUCCAGAUGGAUUACUAUUCCCCGAUAAAGCUACCAUCUUCCUUGCUGCUAUUGAAGAUCAAGAUUACAAGGAGGAGAAGAUCAACUUCUGGGAUGAUGUAUACGGAUUCGACUACUCAUGUAUCAAAGAAAUCGCCCUUAAAGAGCCAUUGGUAGAUUGCGUCGAGCUCAAAUCGGUUGUUUCUCACCCAUGUGCCAUCAGGCAUAUCGAUAUCAAGACGGUCACCAAGGAAGAUUUGGCUUUCAAAGUUCCUUUCCAACUUAAAGCUACUAGAAAUGAUUACGUUCACGCUUUCCUAGGAUGGUUCGAUAUCUCCUUCUCAUGCUGCCAUAAACCCAUAAACUUCUCUACCGGACCUCAAGCCAAGUACACUCACUGGAAACAAACUGUAUUCUACACACCUGAAACAUUGACCGUUUCUGAAAACGACGUGAUCAAAGGUCAAUUAUCAUGCGCACCCAACUCGAGGAACAAUAGAGAUUUAGAUAUCGAAAUUGAAUACGAGGUGGAAGGUGCAGAGGCAGUAAAAGGAAAGAUGGUUUACAAAAUGUAA